AUGGAGACCGCCGUUCUCGCGCCCCAGCAGGCCAACCCGGCUCAAGCGGCGGUGGCGCAGACCAGGAACGCGGCGACCAUGGCCGCCAUGCGGAAGCUUGGCGCCGCCGGUGCCACAUCGGCGAGGAGGAAGACGCUCUGCGACAUCACCAAUCUGAGGCGGCCGCUGGCGGCGGCGGCGGCCGAUGAGUUGCAGCAGGACGGGUCGAGGUGCACGGACGGCGUGGAUGGAAUCGCGCGGUUGAUCAAGGAGAAUUCGGAUCUGGUGAAGCUCCUGGAGGAGCGAGACAAAGUCAUAGAGUUGAGCGGGGCUGAAGUACAGAAUCUGCGGCUGGCAAACUGGCAGCUUGCGCAGGCUAAUUCCCAGAUGUUAGCAGAGCUAAAUCUUGGCAAAAAUAGGCUGAAAUUGCUACAACAUGAGCUUACGUGCUCCAGAGCUGCCCUCAGAGUAAAAUCAUCGGAACUUGAGGAGGCAAAGAAAGCGCUGAAGAGCAGCAGACUCCAGCAACAGAAGAGCGCGAACGAGACGGCGCGGCACUUGGUCGCCGACAGAGCUGCAGCUGCAGCUGCACAGCUCAAGGAUGGAGACGCAGAGCCCCCUUCGGAUGCGUCGCGCGCCGCCAGUGCCAAGAAGUCUACCUGCAACGCCAGCCGGAAGAGGCUGCUGAGAUCUCGAUGUAACCAUGAUACCCCUGCCACUCUGGGCCCUGCGGUGGCGCCGACGAAGCUGGUGGCGGCGUCCAAGGAGAGGGAGAGCGCACAGAGACGCAAGUCCAUGAGAACGCCUCAGCCGAGUGGGCGCAGGGAAGACUUGUUCGAGAUAGAGGACGUUCAGCUCACCGCCGGCGGUGGAGAUGACAGGAAGGAGACGUCGUGGGAGCUGGAUUCGUCGGUGCAGUUCCCACGCAGGUCGUCGCUGGGGAGGCCGCUCCGGCGGGCCACAGAGAAGGUCACCUCCUACAAGGAGAUGCCUGUCAACAUUAAGCUUAGGAGGCCCUAA